AUGUCUGCACCCGCCGCACCAAGGAAACGCGCCGUCUCGAUGAGCUCUGGUAGGUCGAAUGGCUCGCGACAGGCUCAGGCGCAGGAGUUCAGUACGAUGCCGUCCACGCAGGAGCUCCGAUGCUUCGAUCCCUGUGCCGCUACGGGGUCCAUGUUCCUAUACGCUCAGGGAACCUCAAUCAGCGAACAUGGCAGCGGGCGCUAUGUCGUCAGUUAUGAUGCCGGGCAAACUGCCAUUGUCUGGGACCUGAUGACAGGGGACGAGAUCACACGGUUUGCCUCGUACGGUUAUCUAACAGCCGUAGCAUGGAUGCGCAACGGCAACAUCGCAUUCGGUAAUUCGCAGGGCAGCAUUGUGCUGUUUGAACCACAAACAUCGGAGCAUAUCUCGACGAGGACGUUGGAUCAGAUCGCCGUCACCGCACUGGCACCGUCCGCCGAUUGCAGGACGUUUGCCAUUGGCUAUCAAAACGGGUCUCUACUCAUCGCCACACUGCAGCCUCGCUUCACGAUUCUCCACAACCUCACAACGUCUCGUUCCCCCUCCCCCAUCGUCACAUUAUCAUGGCAUGCAUCGUCAUCUCGCCAAAAAUCGGACAUGCUGUCCACGCAAACGUACAAUGGUGAUUUGCGUGUGUGGAGUGUGGCAAAGUCGUACAAUGCCGAUGAUCCGGCCAAAGUCGUCCGCAUCUUGAAAAGGUCUGAGAACAUGUCAGAAGGCCCAAACUGGAUGGGGUGGUCCAAGAACGGGCGUAUUAUCCAAUACUCGGACUCUCAAACACUAUCCUGGGACGUGCGAACAAAACAUGUCACCUCAGACGACAUCCCGACAUUGGAGCAUGUCAAGGGUCUGGCUGUCUGGGGUCCCGGUGCCAGCCUGUUCACCCUGGGCCCCAAUAACACCGUCCAGCAAUUUGACCUCAACUCACCUUCCAUCAUGGUGGCCAACGUGCAACAUCCCGCCAAUCUGCUGCCACCCUCGCCUCCAAACUCCAUCGAGGAGCCUACCGACAAAUCAGCACAUUCCACCACCACUAUCCACACGUCUGAGUCUGAGAGCAGCAGCAUCCCCCUGGAGAUGGGCGUAUCGGAGAGCGACGAGGACCAGAUGCCACCAAUGGCUCGCUUCCAGCGCCAGCUCGCCCAUGACUCCGGUAGCGAGACACCAUACGGGGCAGCGAGUCCCGUAUCGAAUCGUAGUGGACUGACUUCCAACUCCAUGUCCUCGGCAGGAUCCGGCACGCCGCGACGCUACCCAGGAUCUCUGCGCUCACGCGGGAUGAGUGAGAGGACGUAUAUCUCAGCAGGCACCUCGCUCAAGUCCUCGACCAUUGGGCGCAACCAGCCAGAGGCGGACAUUGAUUCUUACUCCAUGGGAUACUCCAUGGGGACCACCAGCACCAGCAUUGCCACCGGGUCCUCGACGCGAUCCAGGCAGCGCCCUUCACGACUUCGGAAUGAGGUGCCGAGGAGCCCAGACGCCAGCAAGGUGCACGACCUGUUCAAAUUCACCCGGGCGCGCUUGAGUGAUCUGGCCUACAAACAUCCUACCCAGUUGGACAAGUCGCGCCUCACAAACGAUAACCUGAGCCGGCAGAUGCUCAGUACGAUUUUUGGCUGGCACGACACUGCGGAUGCCCUGAUUCGCGAUGAGAUGGCGAGACACCCCACGGGCUCACCAAGCCGCAUUCUCCUGGCCAAGUGGCUCGGGGAUAUGGACACGGACAUACUCGCUGCCAGCACCGAGAACAUGACCUCGUCAGACUGGAUGCUGCUCGCUCUCAGCGGUUUUGGAGGUCACUCAUCGCAGCACAAGCUUGGCCGUACCUACGUGCAGAAGCUUCUCGAGAGCGGUGACGUGCAUGUGGCCGUGACGAUUAUGCUGGGCAUGGGCGACCACAACGACGCCAUUGAAGUCUACGUCUCCCACAGACGAUACAUGGAGGCGCUGAUCCUCGCGUGCCUGAUCUUCCCGAGCGUUUGGGAGCGACAGGCGGCCAUCAUCCGUAAAUGGGGCGAGUGGGCAGUUCAACAUCGCCAGCAGCAGCUAGCCAUCCGUUGCUUCGCCUGCACCGACCAAGAGCCGACUGAGAUGUGGACGUCGCCAUCUGCGACCCAGCUAAACUUUCAAAGCAUGAACCCCAGCAUCCCCGAGGUGCUGAGCCCGCCCCUGUCCCCUCCAGGGGUUCAGCGUGGGCCUCAGCGCAGCAUUGCAAAGACGUCUGCCUUGAAGCUCAUUACGACUUUUGGCGACCAGCCCAAGAAGUCCAAGUUCUACCUGCACGGCGACGAUGUGCAGACCCCCAUCGCUGCGGCCCAGACUCCUAUUGCCGAGUCCGCCGUGUCGCCUGGCGGUACGCACGAGGCGGCGACGGCCGUCCUCCGACCCUCCAACAACAGUCGGUUCAACACACCAACGUCUGCUCGGCCGCGCAACCGCCUCCCUUCCAUUGGCGAGAUGCCGUCAAACCUCAACAGAGACGAGCUGCGAGCCAACGUGCCGCCACCUCCCCCGCCAGCCCCAGCCGACGUACACGGCCACAUGCGUCGCGCUUCGUCUGGGCAGGACAACCUUGCCACAGGCAAGGCACUGCACCGCGCUGCCACUGCAAGCCCCAUGAUGAUGCGGGAGCGCUCGAAAGGGAUGAUGCAGGACCAUGGAGAGCGUCCCCCACCGCCCAAUCAGGACUUCAUGGCCAAGGUGCGUGACAUUCGGGCUAACCGCCGCAAUGGUUCGCGGGACCGCAUUCCACUGGGCCUGAACCUGGAGCUCCAUGCGCCGGCUGUCAACCAGUACGAGCAAGAGGUAACCUCGCCCGAUCACUCUGCCGCCUCGUCCACACGCUACCACUGGCCUACGCGUCGUCGCGGAGCGGGCUCGGUUGCUAGCUCUGUGACAUCCAACUCGAGCGCUGGGCGCAGUCUGCGCCACGGUGCUCGCCAGCGAGAUGACUACAUCCACAGCCUAGAUGCCGCACAGCGCUACCCCAAGAAGAGAGGCGCUCACAGCAAGGAACGUAAUGCCUCCCGGGGCCGUCAUGGGAGUCACAGUCGUGAGAGGAUGCCCGUGUCUCGUGAUCAGUCGGAAGACCGUGGUCGCGGAGCCAUCCAGACGUGGGCCAAGCCAAAGAGAUCGCCCACAUCCCCGAUCCCCAUGUCGCCCGAGGACCUGGCGAUCUUGAGCACGCCUCGAGUGUCCGAGGCUGGUGACCCCAUGACUGUGCGCAAGGCGAGCAACAGUAUCAGCUUCAAGCCCAAGGCCACCAAGAGCCGUAACUCGAGCCGAGGCGGCAGCCGCAGCCGCCGGCAGAGCCCGGAAGGCAGACAGCGACCUCAGCUUGCCAUUGACACACGGGGCCGGAGCAAGGGCCGCGAUGGUUCCCUGUCCCGGCCACGUUCACCGUCUUCGCCCGUCCCCAUGUCCGCCACGGCCGCCAGCCACUACCAAGGGUCCGAGGACGAGGAGGACUACAAGAAGGCCAUCAAGGCGCAGGAGGAGUUCCGCGCGAGGCACAAUGGAAGCCGCGGGCCCAUGUCGCCUGCCGUGUCGCGUCGUGAGAACGCCGAUGCACGCCAGCGCGAUGCCUCGGAGGCUCGCGACAUCCUUCCGCCUCUUCAGACGGUCCGAGCCAACUCGACGGAGCACGCCGGCGACCUGCGCCGCAUGAAGGAGGAGAGACAGCGGAAGAAGGAGCAGGCGGCAAAGGAGCUGGAGGAACGCCGCAAGUCUCUCGCGCAGCGGUCGCGGACACCUUCGAUUCCUCAUCCCAGCCAGUACUCGCCUGCUUUCCCACGGGUGGGCGUGGAGAUGUCGGAGCCGAACGAGGAACAUCUACCACCUCGGUGUGCCACGGAGCCCCCCAAGAGUAUGUACGCACGCGGGCCUCAUAUCGGCCUGCCAGCGACACCAAAGGCCAUGCGCCUCGUUGUCGAGUCCGACCAUAGCAGCGGCCAUGAAAAUGGCAACCGGCACCAGCAGGGGGCGCAACAGCAGCCAGCCGCUACUGAGUCUGAACCCGCGGUGCCUCCCAUCCCGGCCACGUUCGCCCAGAGGCGCACACCCAAGGCCUCUCCUAGCAACUCUCCCGACAAGGAAAAGGGGAAGGAGAAGGAGAAGGAGGAGUCGCUUCUGACUCUGUUGCCCUCGACCGUGUACCAGCCCCCGACCAGGCCGUUCAUUCCCCGGAGCAUGUCUGCUCCUAUCCCCGACGAUCCUCCGUCGACGAAACAUGGGCGCAAGGGCAGCGUAGGCGAGCUGCGCGGCAUUGACGAGGUGAUUGGCGUGCCAGGCCGCCGGAGAUCGCAGGAGGAGGCUCUGGUACCGCCGCCGCCGCCUCCCGCGCCUUCAGGGCCCCCGCCUCCCAUGCUGAGGGAGCUGCAACAUCUCGCGUCGCCUCCGCCUCCACCUCCUGCGCCGUUGCCCCAUGCCAAGAGGGCGCCAGGAUCAGGGGCAGCUUUACCGGCGGGCACGAUCGAGAUCGUCAUGGACGAGGACGAGACCUCCGCACCGGACGACGGCGUGGCUUCCGGUCCUGCACCGCCCGCUCCCAGCUUCAAGGGCCACAGCCGAGGUCGCAGCGAGACGGGCAGUCUUUCCGGUCGAUUUUCCAAGGCAACCGAGCGCCUUCGCUCUGCUAGUCGCGGACGCAAGGAUCGUGGCAUGAAGUCUCCCCCCACGGAGGCACCGUACGAAAGUGUCCCGAUGCCAUUCCACGUCAAGACCCCGGGGCCGCCGCCCGUGCACUACGAUCCUGAUGUGAUCCGGUCGCCUGUGGAGGGACCGAGGAUGUCGCACAUGUCGACGGGCCUUCACAAGAGCGAAAUGUUUUGA